UGUGAAGACGUCACGAGCUUCACUUGUGUUGGCUGAAUCUGAUUGUGAACAUGGUCCUCAGCCCAGGUGGACCACACCUUUUGACACUGAAACUAUCAUAAACCGAUGGAAUACAAUGUCCCGGUGUCACGUCUUACGUAGGAGUUUGAAGGAGUAUACAGCAAAGAAUUCACAACACCUGCGUUCUGCAGGGGGCUCAGCUGGCUGUGAUGAUGAUGGUGUUGGGACAUCUUCCAAAACUGACAAGGGGAUGAAGGUCAUCAGGUCUGAGGACGUGUGGGCUGCCUUUCUUCCAAAUAUGCAUUUAUUUCUAUUUUUACUGAUGAAAAUGAACAUCCUGAAAGCAGUGCUUGUAUGGAACAAUAAAGCUGAUGGUAUAUGAGGCGCACUGAUCUGUUUUUGUAAGUGAUGCAGCAUCUGUUUAUUGUUUGGUCAUUUUACAAACGGAUGUUUGCACCUUCACCGCCUUCCAGAGCCUCAGUACGGACCUUUCAAGCUACCUUGCAGUCUGACAUUUUCACUUGAUAUUAUACCGUGUCUUUAAUAUUUAUUGGGCUUUUUGUUUUUUUCUCCCAGAGUCAAAGCCCGAGCUUAUUCACAGGGUUUAGAUUAUAGUAAUGGAGUAGGUUACUAUGGAAGUAGGGUUCUUUACAUCCACAGUAUACCUCUGAUGUUUGACAUUAAGCAUGAUUAUAUCACCAGAAGUGACAUUCAGAUUGAAGCCCAACAACCAAUAUGCCAUCGUUGGCAUAGGUGGAAUUGUUAGUCUGUAUCUUGCUGCGUUUUGUCUCCAGUUAGUUUUUCUUCACAUUAAAACUGUGACUAUCUAUUUGCCUUUGAAGCAGAAAUAAUGGAGUUUGUUUGAUCUGUUGCUUACGUUGGCUUGAACAUCAAUGCAUCACAUUUAUGGCAUGUUUGAAUGAAGCAUUCUUAUCACUUUUUGUAUAAGAUGAUAGAUUAAAUAUUCACGGACCUGAUUCACCCAUUUCUAAACAGGUUAUUACUCCCGCAGGACCAAAACUAGAGUGGCAUGCUGACACGUCAGCCUUUUCCACAGGAACACUUUGUACAAGCUGAAUUAUUAACCGACCUCCACCGUGCAUUUCUCCUUGAAAGCCAGUUAUAAUUUCAGAAAAUCCUUGACUGACUACAGAUGUAAGUUGUAAAUCUUAUCUGAGACACUUAUGCCUCACGAAUUUAAAGAAAAAUGGGUAUUUAAUAUAACAAAAAAUGUGGUCUUUAAAUAGUUAUUUUCAGUAUAAGAUAUUUAAGUUUACAGGCCAAGUUUCUGCAGUUCAGCAUGGCACUGUAAUGCUUUUAUAUUUUUCAUGGCGUCAUUUACCACAACUGGAACCACAGCGCCCUCAUGUGACCCAGUGAAGGAGUACAAGCAAACAUAAACAUAAAGCUCGUUCUUUGUUUAUGAAACUGGUCAUGACUCACCGCAGCAAAGUCAUCUCAACAUUGUGAUGUAGAUUAAUCCUCUUUUUUUCAUCAGUAGUUACUGUCUGAUACUGGUUUACCUGCUUUAUCUGUGCCACACAAUAACAAUAACACAAGCCGUGUAGAUUUUCAGUUAUCACAACAACAAAAAGCAGAAAUACUGUUUAAAGUAGUUGCAUCAUCCACACAUUCAGCCUAACGUGUUGAUUUUGGCACAUUUAACCAUUUCCCAUGGUAGACCAACGACAUGUUUGUAAAUUAAAACAAAAGGGAUGACUUGAUUCAUUAAAACAGCCCUAACGAAAGUGAUAACUGGAUAUAAAUACAUACAUGAAAAUAUAAUGGUAUUAAUUCCAUUCUUUGAAGAAAGCUAAGCAAAAAGGAUUAGAAAAUCAUGACUGAUGUGUGUUCUGUACAUUUCUCAUUUUCUCUAUUCAUAGAGUUGCCAAUUUAGUAAGUGUAUUUGGUGCAGCUGUGCAGGGCAGGCUACAUCAUUACAUUAAAAAUAAUGGCUGCAAUAAAUCCUAUCUUUGUGAAGCCUAUCAUGUUCCUGUUUGAUUGACACUGUCAGAAAGCUACAUUUUACAGGUUGUAGUUAACCUAAGAGUGGUGUUGUAUUGGACUGCAUUAUAUAUUCUUAGAAGGGAUUUCUAAUGUUAGAGUAGGGACUGUCAUCCGUUUCGUGGCAAACAGUCCUAAAUUGUUCCAUAGGGAAACUGUUGUGCGCUGCUAUUUAACGGAGGCGGGGUGGUUAACCGGAAGUACAUUUUCCAAACCAACCAAAUGAUGUUCAUCCCUGAAGUCUUGUCUCUUGUAAAAACUGAAAUUUGCCAUUUGAAAAUACGUUUUACAAUGCAUAAAUCUAACUUUUAUGUCGCUUGUCACAAGGAAGAUCGCUACUGUGAUAUCUUCUUCUACUCACUGUGCUGUGCUGCUAAGCUCAUUACUGCCCCCUGAGGGCGGAGGAGGGGCAACAACACCCCACACUCCAAAACAGACUUCGACAAGCGACACCAAAGUGAGAUUUAUGCUUUAUCAGAAGCUUUUCUUUUUUUAAAGCUCAGUUUUUUUUAAACAAAAUAAAAAGGCUUACAUUAUGAAGACUAACUGCUUGUUUGGCAAAUAUACGUCUGGUUAGCGAAACAAUGAAAUAGGCGGAGAGUCAGCUGGCUUACAGUGAUACAUGUUGCUCACCUGUUGGCUACUCACAGUAGUCGUCAUUAUAACUGUCGGAAUAUUAUAUUUGGUUGUGAGACAUAUUUUCAGAUAAAAAAAGUGACAGCAUCUCACGUUUAGCUUAUUACUUUAAAUUGCACAAAACCUCUAAUUGGAUGAUUAAGGUCAUGUGACCCAAAUCUGUCAUAAAGUGGGUCCUCUCACUGCUGGACCCCAUCAUACACAACAAGGAGCUCCUCGCUGUGGCCUCCUCCACAGGAAACGCCCUCAGUGACCGGUGGGUGGGCUUUCAGUACGUCAGGAUCUCUGGACACCUGCUUACAGAGCACUGCAAUGUUCAUGAAAAAAACCAAAAUGUACACCUGCGUCUGGAAUGGUCUGUUCCACUAUUCUGCAAGCCUCCCCUGAAUGAGUCAUCCAGCCGGCUGCUCAUUGGAUAAGACCAUGCCAUCCCAAGGGAUUGCCUUGCAGAGGCAGAAAGGCCUUGCUUCCAUUCACAGAAACAUUGGUAUGCCGGCCUGCUAUUUCAUUCACAUAAAAGACUAAAUAUUGCAUGCCUUUUGUCCUCUGCUCUUGUUCUCCUUUUGUCUUUUUCCCUCCUCUUUUGAUUUGCGGCGGCCUGCCUUUUCUUCCCUGCUUUUGUGUUUGCCUUUUUUUCUGAGGAGAGAAGGCAGACGUGCUGUCUUUUUUUUUUCUUUUUUUUUUUUAUAUUUGCCAGGCAGGAAAGAGAGAUGUUGGGAGGGACUGCAGUGCGAAAUCUGCAGCAGAGUGAGAGCGGAAGCUGCUUAUGAAUGAGUGUCAGUCUUUCGGCUUUGCUAGAUGCUCCUGAGGACAUUUUACAUGAAUGGUGUCUGGCUGUGUGCUUUCCGCUACCGGGGAGACAAAGAUGCUUCAUUGCUGCUGGUCUUAAGGAGACUCAUGGGCUUUUUCUGUUAUCCUUUCGGUUGUUUCAUUGAGUCAUCUGCCUGAGAAACAUGUCGUUCAUUCUGUUUUUUUUUUGUUAGUUGUGUCAUUCAUGUAAUUCAACCUGGACCAAUUGCUGGGUAUUUUAGACAAGCUGUGAGAUUGUUACUGCUUCCUUGUUAUGAACUGAUUUUUUUAUGCCUUUUGUUACAGAAUACAGAUAGAGCAUCAGACAAAUGGUCUCAAAACAGUUUAAUGGAAAAAAAUUGCUGUAUUAAUUUUUGCAUUAAUGCCUGAUUAUUAAUAUAUUGUGCGGAAACAACAAGUGUAUUAAGUAGUUAUAGGUUUUUUCAAAGGACAUAACCGAGAACCAGGAGGGAUGUUUGCCCAUAUUCUGCAGCUAUUAUAAAUUAACAUGGACAAUAUAUUAAUGAUGUUGCGUAUUUCCGGUCAUGCUAAAAUUUGACUGUAUUGUUGCUUUCAGUGAUUCACUGUGUAGACGUUUCCUUAACAUCCUUUUAGGAAAAUUACAUCUUUAUGUAACAUUUAAAUAGAGAUUUAAUUCUUGAAUCAAAGACGUCUGUUUUGUUCUGUUAGAGAAGAUUUUUUCAGGAUUGUAGCUGUCAAUUAAAUAGAUAUUACUUUUCAUUACUUUUUUAUUAUAACUCUGAUUUAGUUUAUUGUUUGUAUCAUCCUUUUACCUCAACUUUUGAACAGUUCAUCCAUUUCAUAAGAGAUUAAUUGUGUAUAACAUGAUUUCAAGCAAAUUAUUCUCAAUAAUUAUGUUACUAAGUUAAUUAAUCAAACCACCUCUCAUUCCUCAUUUCCUUUUUUCUCAGAAAAACAAAUAAGAAGGAAAGAAUUACAGAGAAUAAACAUCAGACUGGGGAAUUUAAAAAUUGAUUGGUUCUAGUGUGCUGUAAGUGGGAGGUUUUUUUCUUCUCACUCCGACAGGAAGUGAUUUGCAGUGUUCAGCAAGCCUUUUGUUGAGAAGGUUUUCUCAGAUCAGUGAGUCAUGCUUUAGCUCUGAGCCGGCAGGCAGGCAGCAGUCAGUAGAGAGUAUUUGCUCUUCCCUCGCAGUAUCCGUGAUCAUCGACAACAUAGACCUUUCUCUGUUCUCUUACUUUUUGGAUUUUUGAGGCUAGAAAUCAGCAGCAGCAUCACCGCUGGAAACCAAACAAGCUGCACCACAACACUGACAGCCUUUUAGAGACCUUUUUCCUCUCCAUCCUCUUCUUCCUCUGCCUCAAUGCUGCGUUUCCAUGGAUUGUGUCUGUAUAUUGCUCUCUGACGGAUUGGAUUGCAGCUCUGGAUUUUACUGAGAGCAGAUUGGACUUUGGUGACAGCAGCAGCUCAACAGAACCACCACUGUAACCUCAAUAGAGAAAAUUACAGUCAGGUGGCCUGUGAUUGCUAAAAGGCGUUUGCUGCCUGUACCGCUGCUGCUAUGUUACAGGAGAGGGUAAUCAGCACGGCUCAGCCACGUCUGCCAGCACACUUGUGAAAGAGGCAGGCUGUGCGUGUCGGUUGGUGGAGAGAGCAAGAGAGAGAAGGGUAUGCUUCACCGUACCAAAUACAACCGCUUCAGGAAUGAGUCAGUAACAUCCGUCGAUGAUCUUCUCCACGGCCUGUCCAUGAACCCCAAGGUCUCGGCCACCCCCCAGUCUGCAGCCGAGACAUCUUACACACCCCCGACUGAGGUCCAGUCCUCCUCCACCACCACUGCUUCCAGCACCCCCACCAGCCACGGCUCUGACCACCUGGAAGAUGGAGGCACCACCCUCUGUACCCUCAUCAACAAGGUGUCCAGCCUGAAAUUCAGCAACUCAGGCAGCUUGCUGGGCAUCAAGGGUCUGCCCUCGGCUGUCAAGGACCUGGCUGUGUCUAAGCUGCAGGGGGGUGGGGGAUCGGGCUCAGGCAGCUCCAGUGGCUCGAGCCCCAGCGCGGCAACAGCAGCAGCCUCUGGUGUGGGCGGCUCUCUGUGCAGCUCGGCCUCCCAUUCAACCCCCUGCUCGCAACUGGAGCCGGCCGUCAACAUGAGCAAGAAGAGCAGGCUGGACGAGCUCCAGCCCGGCGGAGAGGACUGGAAUCCAGGUGGAGGCGGUGGACUGGUGAGCAAACCCCCAAGAGGAUGGCUACACUCGAGCGAGAAGAUCUCUGGUCCAGGAGUGACAUACAUUGUGAAGUAUCUGGGCUGUAUAGAAGUCCUUCGGUCAAUGAGAUCCCUGGAUUUCACCACAAGAUCACAAAUUACCAGGGAAGCCAUCAGCCUGGUGUGUGAGGCUGUUCCAGGGACCAAAGGAGCUCUGCGGAAGAGAAAGCCACCGUCCAAAGCUCUGUCCAGUAUCCUGGGGAAGAGCAACCUGCAGUUUGCUGGCAUGUCCAUCAACCUAAAUAUCUCCACCAGUAGCCUCAACCUGAUGACCCCCGACUGCAAACAGAUCAUAGCCAACCAUCACAUGCAGUCCAUCUCCUUUGCAUCAGGUGGAGACCCCGACACAACAGAUUUUGUUGCCUAUGUAGCAAAGGACCCUGUUAACAGAAGAGCAUGUCACAUCCUGGAGUGCUCUGAUGGGCUGGCCCAGGACGUCAUCAGCACCAUCGGCCAGGCCUUUGACCUCCGCUUCCAGCAGUACCUGCAGUGUCCCUCGGGCAAACUGUCCUCCACACAUGACAGGGUGUUAAACAUGGAGGAGUUACCAUGGACAGAGGAAGAGGAGGAGUCAUCAGAGCAUCCUUACUAUAACAACAUCCCUGGCAAGAUGCCGCCGCCGGGAGGCUUCAUCGACACCCGGCUGACCAAUCAGAAUGCAGCGCCAGAUGGAUGCCAGAUGGGUCCAGGUUCAGUGGAUCAGACAUAUUACCAAGGGCGACACUGCGGAGAAAACUGGGGAGAUGGAAGGAAGCCCAUUAUCAUACAACAGGGAUCAUUUGAUAUAAACAGUCUGCCGGAGAGUAAAGGGCAGGGGCCAAAAACGGGAGAGAUGCCCGCGUAUGUGAACACUCAACAGAUUGACGCCCAGGUGCUCGCAGCACUCCAGGCAGAGGCGGAAAAUGUGACAAAGGGCAUGGCAGCUGCAGCCAAAGAGAGCCCACAGAAGGACCUGUUUGACAUGAAGCCCUUUGGGGACGCCAUUCAGUCGCAGUCCCAUCCGCCAUCCCAGGGGCAAGCCAAGUCCCAGGCCUCCAAUCUUCACAAGGCAGCAUCCGUGGACAACUUGAGCCCUCUUCUUGUGCGCUCCGUGGCCUUCCGGGCGCAGGAGGAGCUGGAGGGCCAGACGUGGUACCAUGGCAAGAUGAGCCGCCGUGACGCUGAAAAACUGCUGAAAGAAGACGGGGACUUCCUGGUUCGUAAGAGCACCACCAACCCAGGGUCCUACGUACUGACGGGAAUGCACAAUGGACUUGCCAAACACCUACUACUGGUGGAUCCUGAGGGCACGGUACGGACAAAAGAUCAUAUAUUUGACAGCAUUAGCCAUCUUAUUGGCCAUCACCGUGACAACAAUCUUCCGAUUGUGUCAGCUGGGAGUGAACUGUCUCUCCUACAACCCGUUGGAAGGAAACAGUGAUGUUUGCAAUGCCUGGUGGGAAAUAGGAAGCUCUGAACAGUCUCUCCUACCAUCCUGAAACUUGAAGAUGAAACAUGAGAAGAUGCGCUGACAGUGUUUUGGGGAAAUUGGCCAGCAGUUACUUUACUGGAGGCUCUGGAAGACGCAAGAUUUGUUAAGAUAAAAAAACAAUUAUUUAUAGAACUGUUAUUAUUUUAUUGUGGGGACUGAAAUGCUAUAUUUUUGAGAAGACAUAGGUGCAUUUGGACAUAAUAUCUUGAUUUGGUGUUUUAAAAGACAAAAAAAAAAGAAGACAAUUGUUCUUG